AUGCAUAAUAUACAGCAAAUACCUGAAUCCAAAAGAUAUGAACCAGCAAAAUACGAUUAUAAAAAAUCGUCUUAUGCAUGGAUAUUUGAUGUACUACAAUCCCUAAGAAAAGAUGAGACUUUUUGUGAUAUUAAACUUGAAACAGACGAUAAACAAUUAAUAUUCGCACAUAAAGUAGUUUUAGCAUCGGUAAGCUCAUAUUUCCAUGAAAUGUUCACACAUUUUGUAGAAAAGAAUCAUGAUCUUGUAGUCAUGCAUCAAUUAGAUUUAACUGCUUUAAAGCUGUUAGUGAAUUUCAUUUAUUCUGGAGAAAUUAGGGUCACUGAAAAUAACGUCGAAGUUUUGUUACCAGCUGCAAAUCUCUUGCAGUUACAAGAAGUAAAAGAGGUAUGUUGUGGUUUUUUACAGUCACAACUAUGCCCUACAAAUUGUAUUGGUAUAAACGCAAUAGAUGAUUUGCAUAGCUGUACGACAUUGUUAACAAGUUCAAAAUUAUAUAUUCUACUACACUUUUCAGAAGUUGAUGGUGGAGACGAAUUCCUUUCCUUAUCAUCUGAUCAAGUGGUUAAGUUGACCUCCAAUGAUGAACUUAUAGUUCCAUCUGAAGAAAAAAUAGGCAAACUAAAAUUGAUAAUUAUUAUAUUCAAGUAUUGGGGAUGA